AUGGUGAUUAUCACGAGUGAAAAAAGUAUCAUAAGCAAGAUAAAUAGCGAAAGCACCAAGACCCCAGAUCAACCUAGGGGUAGUGAUACAAAUCGAAAAUCGAUUAAUCGAAAAGUUGGCCAACUUGGUAAAACUUUUGUAGCGACUAAUCACAAUAUGAAAAAACCCUCAAGAAAGCAACCAACUGUUGUUUCUAAAAAAUUACAACGAUCUAAUCAUUUAAGCAAUAACAAAAAAGUAUUAGCAAGUAAUAAAAAAGCUUUUAAAAAAUCUAACAAGAGCGUAAUAAAAGAAAUAAAAAAAGAUAAAGUGAAAACCGAAAAUAAUGAAAAAGAUACAGUAAAAACUGAAAAUAAUGAAAAUACUACCUUACUGCCAAAUUCCAAAAAAGUUUCUAAUGGUAAGCAAGAUAUAGAAUGUGAUAAAAAUUCGGAUCAAGUCAAGGAGAAACCGAUAUCCGCUUCAAAGAAGAGAAAAAGAUCUGAUCCUGGACAUGCCAAAGCAUCUCUUGACAAUCGGAGUCAAAUUAAUCGUAAGCUUGAACCGGAAUACAGGUUAGAUAUCAAGAAACAAUGGGAAAUCGCUCGUCGAAAGAACAUAACACCUGACGAGCGAAAUAAAUCCAUCUCCCGUUUAUUUGAGAUGGUUCGAGGCAAUGUGCCUGGACUUCUUUUUAAAAAUGAUACUUCUCGUGUCAUAGAAACCUGCCUAAAAUAUGGUACUAAAGAACAGAGAAAUAUAAUAGCAAGUGAAUUAGAGGGUCAUUUGCUUGAAGCUUCAAAAAAUAAUCCAGAAUACCGGAGUAAAAUUUUAACCGAAUUUAAAGGCCAAGUUAAAAAAUUAUUUAUUCAUACGGAGGCACGUAAUGUUCUUCUUGAAGCUUAUGAGCUUUCUAACGUAAAGCAACGAUCGUCCUUAUUAGAAGAAUUUUAUGAUUUGAUUGCUGAAGAUCCUUCUAAUAAAGACAAAGUUCUUAAAAACCUUUUUCAAGCUAUUCAAUAUCUAAUAAAAAAGCCAGAAUCAUUGAAUUACAUAAUUAUGCACCGAAUUCUGUUAGAAUAUUUUACCUAUGCGGACGAUUCCAAGAUAAGAGAAGUAAUAGAAGUGAUUGGUGAACAUGAUCGUAAGACUAUGCUGAAAUCCAUGAAAGAAUAUGCUGCAAAGAUAUGUAAGGAAGAGUACGGAUACUUGGUAUUGUUAAGAGCAUUUGAUGUUGUCGAUGAUACUGUAUCGCAAAUAGUUAAACCAGGCGUGCUUAAAACAAUAAUGCAAGAUAAAUUUGGUCAUCGUGUGAUUUUAUAUCUUUUGACUGGAAGAGCAAAGUCUAAAAUGUAUUUAAGCUUUGAGACAUUUCAAUUACUUGAAAAGGAUGAUGAAAUACGAGAAAAAACUAGUAAAAAAGAUUCAACUGCUCGUUCAAAUGAAUUGCGAAAAGCUAUAUCCCCUGCAUUAAUUAAUUAUUCAAGAAAAAAUAUUGCAGAAAUGCUUUCAAAUACCUAUAUGACACAGAUUUUUUGUGAGACACUACUUUGCGGUGAUGCAGAUAUUGAAGAAAAACGAUCAAUAUUAGAAAAUAUACCUCCUUUAAUAGGAGAAACAUCAAACGAAAAUAACAUUAUGCUGACAUAUGCAAAUCGAUUCCUCAAAGUUUUGGUACAAGGCCAGUAUCAAAGAUUAGAUAAUGGGCAAUCCGAAGAUAAACGAGUCGAACUACAUUUUGCACCAUUAUUAUUUGACAGCAUCAAAAAAGAUAUUAUAUUCUAUGCGUGCAAUGCUUCUGCAUCAUUCGUAAUACUAGCUUUAUUACAAGAUAAAGAGACUAGAUCAGAAGUUAGGAAGAUUUUGAUAAAGAAUCGGGCAGAAAUUGAACAAGCAGCUCUAAAAGAUGUUAAAUCUGGAUCUAGAUUUAUUUUGAAGGAACUUGGUUGCGAUGUUACUAGCUUGAUAAAAACUUUAGAUGAUGAAUCUAAUGCCAAAACUAA